ACCCUUAACCUACUGAGCAAAGCCAGGAAUCAAACCUGAAACCUCAUGGUUACUAGUCAGAUUUGUUUCCUCUGGGCCACAAAGGAAACUCCUCAACUAUAUUUUCAUCUGAUAAUUCUGGUUUCAUGUAAAUGUGAAAUAAGUAAUCUAUGUAGAAUAAUAUUUUAAUAUAUGGCUUGAAGUUAAGCUCUAAUUUCAUUUUUAAUGGUGAGCUGCUUGUCCCAAUACCAUAUAAUAAAUGACAUUCUUUCCCCCAAUGAACAUGAAAUGUAAACCUUAUCACAUACUAAAUUCUUACAGAUUCUUAAAUCUAUUUCUGGACCUCCUUCACUGUUCACUUAUUUGUCUCUCUAUACCUUUACCAGUACCCCCCUGGGACAAUUUAGCAAAUGGAAAGCCAGCGGACAAGUGGCAGAAGACCAGAAGUUUAUUCUCUGGAGAAAUGGGCUAAGAGCAGUGCUGGACUCGGGGACACCAGGCCCAGUAAACACAAACUACAAUCCUAUAGGAUACAAGGUCCAUUGAGUCUGUGGAUGUACAUUGGCUGUGGAGCACUGACUGCAAAGUUAUACAUGGAUUUUCAACUGCGAGGAGGAUCAGCAACGCUAACCCCUAUGUUGUUCAAGGGCCCACGGUGCUGUCAGUCAAGAGAAAGAAAUGAAAACAGUAAAAAAAAAAGAGGGGGGGGGUCAUUCUUAACUCCAGGAAAAAUUUAAAGUUGUACAAGAAAUAUAGUUCCAGUAUGUGUAUGGAACAUUAUGUAGUCACAUUAACAUGGACAACCAACACUGAAAGAAGGGGGGAGAAAUCAAAGCUGUGCAGGAGUGAGGGUCUGAGAGAGCUAAAUCCUUACUUUUCACAGGAGGAAGUUAACAGUUAAUGUUCAAGAAACAUGAAACAUAACCACAUUAUUUAUGUAAAAGGAGGCCAACACCAGAGAUCACAGUUAAAAGAAUCACAGCUGGUGAUUGGGAGAAGGAGGAGUGAAGUAGGCGGGGCCAGGCAGGAGAACCUUAUUUUGGGGAACAGGCUCUGUAGUAGUCCUAGUUUUCAUUGAAAACUCUGUCCUUGUGUUACUCUGAAACCAGUGAAAUUUAAAUUAAAAAGCUUGCAAGCUGGCAGAGGUGGCUCCCGACAUUGGGUGAGGACACUGGGAGAAGGAGCUCUGCCUGCCUGAGAUCUGUUCCGAAAGGGCUGGACGUCCCCCGAGCACAGAGGACAGAUGGUGUGGGAGGGCCGAGGGCCCUGCUACCUUUUCUGAGGCAAUCUGCUCAGGGAAUGGAAGUGGGCAUGAUAGGAGCUCAAAACUGGGUCAGUCAGAUUUUCUCCAUUCAGCUGCACCGUGCCCUCUGUAAGAGCAGAGAUGUUGCCGAGACUCUGGCAUUACAGUUCUGUCAGAUUUUGUACAGAAGUUGUCAGAUUCCUAAUUUCCUGAUUUCUUCAAAUGUGUUUUAGAGAGAUGUUGAGAGAGGGCAAGGCACUACUAGGAAGCCACUGUUUUUCACUGGACAUCGGAUUCUUCUUUCUGCAACAGCCUGAGCAGGGCCACUCUCGUGGCAUAUGUGAUAGGGGUGGAAUCGAAGCUGUAGUCUUCCGCCACAGCCACAGCCACAACAACAUGGGAUCCGAGGCUUCUUGUGGAAGUCAGACCAAAUAGCAGGAAGGUGUUACAGCAAGAUGGAUCUAGGAAAAAACCAAUCUCACUUGAUGCACCAUCAGACACCUGAUUCUCAUCAAGAAGAAAACCAUGCUCCAGAAGUCAUUGGAACAUGGAGUUUACGAAACAGAGAACAACUCAGAAAAAGAAAAGCUGAAGCACAGGAAAAGCAAACUUUACAAUGGCAAUUUGGAGAGAAAAAAUACAAACGGCAGAAAACAGGAAAAAGAAGUAAAAGGGGUAGAAAGAAACAAGAAAAUACAGAAAUGAAGGUGGAGCCUCUGUCACAAUUAGAAAAUGAAAUGAUGGAGAAAGUUCAGGCACCUACAGAGAAAGAAACCGAACUACCCAGGAGCGUGACCGAAGCUUUCUUUCUGGCAGCCUCCCCACAAAGAGUUGUGCCUGAGAAACACUCUUCGGAAAUAGGUCAAGAAAGCAUUAUCCAUCAGAAAGAUUCUUCUGAGUACCAAGAAAUAGCGGUACAAAACCACCCUUCUGAAAUAUGCCAAGAGAUGGCUGAAUCUGAAGAUCUCUCUCCUAAAGUGUGCAAAGAAAUAGCUGUAUUUCAAGACCAUCCUUCCAUAAUGUGCUGUGACGUGGCUGAACCUGAAGACAUCUCUCCUAAAAUGUGUCAAGAAACCGCUGCAGCCAAAGCCCUUUCUCCUAAAACAUGCGAAGACAUAGCUGUCCUGGAAGGAUGCUCCCUUGAAGUAUACCCCCAACCAGAAGUGCCUAAAGGCUACGUUCUUGAGACACACCAAAAAAGAGCUGAACCUGAUAAACACAACUCUGCACCAGGUCAAGGAAUAGCUGAGACCGAGAGCUUCGUUCCUAAAACACAAGAAAGAGCUGUGCCUAAAGAGCUUGCUACAAAAACAUUCCAUGAAACAGUUGAACCUGAACAGGUUUUUCAUAAAACAUGUCAAGAAAUUGCUGUGUAUAAAGCCCCCGCUCAUAAAACAAUCCAAGAAACACCUGCUCCUGAAGAAUAUCCUCCUGAAAUAUACCAAGAAACAGCCAAGUCGAAAGAAUAUCCACCUGAAAUAUAUCAAGAAAAACCUGCAUCUAAAGAACAUCCACCUGAAAUAUGUCAAGAAACACCUGGGCCUGAAGAAUAUUCACCUGUAAUAUACCAAGAAACACCUGGGCCUGAGGACUGUGCAUCUGAAAUACACCAAGAAACACCUGGGCCUGAAGACCUCUCUAUUAAGACAUAUAAAGAUAAGGAAGUGCCUAAAGAAUGCUUUCCAGAAUCAUACCAAGGAACAGAUGGACCCCAAGACCAGGAUCCUAAAGCACACCAGGAAGAUGCUAAGGAUGUUUAUACUUUUCCUCGAGAAAUGAAGGAAAAACCCAAAGCAGAAGAACCAGAGAUACCAGCAAUUCCAAAUGUUCCUCAAGAGAUGACAGAAAAUGACAUCUAUAGUUAUGUUUUGUUUUAACAAUGUUCAACCAUCAUAGUUGUCCAACAAAAUACACAUCUUAAUACAUUAUUUGUGUGAUUUCAUCAAAGUGUGGUAGAAAUAUCUACAAUAGUCGUUUAAGUGUUUUUUCCCAUAUAUAGACCAUAUUUGAAAUAGGGAGCUGAUGUGUUUUUUCAAGCUUUAUCACAUAGACAAUUUCCUGCUAGUGUGUGUGUGCCUGUGUGUAUGUGAAUGUAUAUGUAUAUUGGGAAGAGGACAGUGGUGGGAACAGACAAAAAAGGGAAAAUGGAGGGCUCAACAAUUAAUUUUUCCCCCUAGGAACAAGCAUUUCUUUGAUUAAGUCUUUAAUUUUAUUUUUUUAGGGCCAUACCUGAGGCAUAUGGAAGUUCCCAGGCUAGGGAUCAAAUUAGAGCUGCAGGUGCCGCCCACAGCCACAGCCAUAGCAACACCAGAUCCAAGCCACAUUUGUGACCUACACUGCAGCUUAUGGCAACAUCAGAUCCUUAACCCACUGAGCAAGGCCAGGGAUUGAAUUCGCAUCCUCAUGGAUACUCGUCAGGUUCUUAACCCACUGAGCCACAAGGGGAACGCUUCUUUGAUUAAUUCUUAAGAGCAGGAAAAUUAUUAAGUCUGAACAAUUAAAAUUUGGGGAAGUAUGUAGUUUUCUUGUAAACUUUGUUUAGUUAUUAAUGUAGCAAUAGCAUACAAAUUAUUUUCCUUUUUACAAAUUUUUUGUUAAACUAUAGUUGAUUUACGGUGUUGUGCCAGUUUGUGCUGUACAACAAAGUGACCCAGUCAUGCAUGUAUUUACACAUCAAAAUUUUAUUCAGGCUUCAGUUGGCUUUUUAAGUUAUUUUAACAAGUCUUGUCAUUCUGGGACUCCUUCAAAGAUAUUUUGGAGUGAUGAAUGUUGUUUAUUUGUGUAUUUGAAUUUUGAUUUUCUAUUUUUACUUUAAAUAUUGUAAUUGGGCAAAAUGUACAUUAAAUCAUUAUCACAAGUUUAA